CGCCCUGCGGGCCGGGGGAAGUGGCUCAGCUCGCUCUUCCCGCCCGAAGCCGCCUCCAUCGCACCUCAGACCUCUGGCGGUGGGCGGAGCUUGUCUUCUACUUCCGGAUCCCACUGCUUUGACGCCGGAAGCAGGAAGUGUCUUCUGUCACCGGACGAGGGAAGGGCGGCCACGGAGCUGGGACUUUCUGCGGGCUCCGGGGCUCCAGGAGCGCUCGCGUCCUGCCGCUCCGGCCUUUCUCACUACAGACCGACUCUCCUGACAGUUGCCUGUGUGUUGGAUGAGCAGACUGCCCCGCAAGAGCCCACCUUGUGAGAUGGUACAGCCGAGCGGAGGCCCGGCCGGGGAGCAGGACGGGCUGGGUAGUGACGCCUCCCUGGGGAAACCAACCAUGCCACAGCUGCCUGGGGAGCCCAGUGGCCCUGACGCCUUCCAGCGCUGUUUGGAGGAGAACCAGGAACUCCGAGAUGCCAUCCGCCAGAGCAACCAGAUGCUGCGGGAACGCUGCGAAGAGCUGCAGCGUGUGCAGGGGGGCCAGCGGGAGGAGAAAGACUUCCUGCUGCGCCAGUUCCAGGCUGCACGUCUGCUUGUUGAGAGGCUGCGUGCUUGUAUGCAGGAACUGCGGCAGCAGCGUGCACAAGCAUUGCAGGAGUUGGAGCACCUCAAGAGAUGCCAACAGCAGAUGGCCGAGGACAAGGCUUCAGUGAAGGCGCAGGUGACAUCCCUGCUGGGGGAGCUUCAGGAGAGCCAGAGCCGCCUAGAAGCUGCCACGCAGGAGCGGCAGGCUCUGGAGAGCAAGCUGCGGGUAGCCAGUGAGCAGGCUCGGCUGCUAGAGAGUGAGCGGGAGGCAUUGCAGCAGCAGCACUGUGUGCAGGUGGACCAGCUGCAUAUGCAGAAUCAGAGCAUGGAGACAGCAUUGCGCAUGGAGCGCCAGGUGGCGACAGACGAGAAGCGGAAGCUGGCACAGCUGCAGGUGGCCUACCACCAGCUCUUUCAGGAGUACGACAACCACAUCAAGAACAGCAUGGGGAGCAGUGAGCGGAACCGGGGCUUGCAGCUGGGGGAUCUGAAGCAGCAGUUGCAGCAGGCUGAGGAGGCGCUGGUAGCCAAGCAGGAGGUGAUCGACAAACUGAAGGAGGAGGCAGAACAGCACAAGAUGGUGAUGGAGACGGUGCCGGUGCUGAAGGCACAGGCGGACAUCUACAAGGCUGACUUCCAGGCUGAGAGGCUGGCCCGGGAGAAGCUGGCUGAAAAGAAGGAGCUGCUACAGGAGCAGCUGGAGCAGCUGCAGCGGGAGUUUGGACGCCUCAAGGCCAGCUGCCAGGAGUCAGCCAGGAUCGAAGAUUUGCGGAAGCGGCAUGUGGAGGCCUCCCAGCCCCCCUUACCUUCAGUGCUUGAUCACCCCUUUCACCAAGCCCUGCCCAAUGCCAGGAGCCCCCCUGAGGAACCGCCUGACUUCUGUUGCCCCAAGUGCCAAUACAAGGCCCCUGACAUGGACACGCUGCAGAUCCACGUGAUGGAGUGCAUCAAGUAGGCCUGGCCCAGCUGCUCGCCUGCAGCUCCAAGCUCCUUUCUUCCCAGUUAGCUGCUUCCACAGUGGCUGGGACCUGUUCCCCAGGUCCUUCACCAUGCUCUUCCCUUCCCACACUCGCAUCCUAGGGUUACAUUCUGCAGGCAUCUUUGACAGUCUUAUUUCCUUCUUGUUGUUUCCCCAAAGCCUGGCCUGGUCAAGGGGCCGUGGCCAUGCUGAAUCGUGAGGAGCCCAUGGCAACUAUUUAGAUUUGCUGUCAUGGGCUCCAGUGUCCUCAACUCUUCUCGUUUUUUUGCUUGGUAUAUACCAGUGUCCUACCUGCUGGGGCUGGACUGAAGUGUGCCUGGUAGCCCACACGUGGGGUGUUGCUUUGCUUUGUGGGCUUACUCUCCCCCAAGUCCUAGGACUGGAUUGAAGUAUACCUGUUUGCUCACAUCUGGGUGUUUUUGGUUUGUGGGCAUAGUUCCACUGCCCCCCUUCCAUCUGCUCUGUGCCUGAUAUUGAAGGGUACCUUGCUACUUGUACCUGUUU